UCGCUUUUCUCAAUCGACUUGAAUUAUAACAGAAAAGGAAAAAAAAAAAAAAAAAACAACCAAAUCUUGGGUUCCCUUUGAAGGAGAAAUCAAAACCUAAUCUCAACAAUGGCUUUCAGUGUUACAUCUUCUUCUUCUGCAUCUACGAUUUCUGCUACCAAUUUUUCUCGUUCAACUUCUUCCUCCGAGUUCAAAGUAAUGGGUUUUUGGUUUUCAGCUCCACAAUUCGGUUCUUUUCGGUCGUUGGAUCGCUCGUCGGCGGUGGCGGUGGCGGUUAAUUUGUCUACACGGCGGUCGCCAGUGAAGCCAGUAAGCGCGGAGUCUAAGAGGAAUGACUCAAUUGUACCUCUGGCUGCAACUAUUGCUGAGCCUGAGUUGGCGGAGAAAAUAGAGGUGGAGGAUUUUGAGCAGUUGGCUAAGGAACUUGAAAAGUCUUCUCCUUUGGAGAUUAUGGAUAAAGCACUGGAGAAAUUUGGCAAUGAUAUCGCUAUUGCUUUCAGUGGUGCUGAGGAUAUUGCUUUGAUCGAGUAUGCAAAGCUGACUGGUAGACCCUUUAGGGUGUUCAGUCUGGACACUGGGAGGUUGAACCCUGAAACAUAUAGGUUCUUUGACACAGUUGAGAAGCACUAUGGCAUCCGAAUUGAGUACAUGUUUCCUGAUGCUGUUGAAGUUCAAGCAUUGGUAAGGAGCAAGGGGCUAUUCUCUUUCUACGAGGAUGGGCACCAGGAGUGCUGCCGUGUGAGGAAGGUGAGACCUUUGAGGAGAGCUCUUAAGGGUCUACGUGCCUGGAUCACUGGCCAAAGGAAAGAUCAGUCCCCGGGCACUAGGUCUGAAAUUCCUGUUGUCCAGGUUGACCCAGUUUUUGAAGGAUUGGACGGCGGGGCUGGCAGUCUGAUCAAGUGGAAUCCAAUGGCAAAUGUUGAUGGCGAGGAUGUAUGGAAGUUCCUUCGAGCCAUGGAGGUGCCUGUGAAUUCAUUGCAUGCUCAAGGGUACAUCUCUAUUGGCUGCGAGCCUUGCACAAAGCCUGUUCUUCCAGGCCAACAUGAGAGAGAGGGAAGAUGGUGGUGGGAGGAUGCUAGAGCUAAGGAAUGCGGCCUUCACAAAGGAAAUUUAAAACAGGAUGAUGUUGCCCAACAUAAUGGCAACGGAAAUGGAGCUGCCCAUUCAAAUGGAUCUGCUGCAGUUGCUGAUAUUUUCAACUCCCAAAGUUUGGUAAAGUUGAGCAGGACUGGAAUUGAGAACUUGUUGAAAUUAGAGAACAGGAAGGAGCCGUGGAUAGUUGUUCUAUAUGCUCCAUGGUGCCAAUUCUGCAAGGGAAUGGAAGAAUCCUAUCUUGAAUUGGCUGAUAAGUUGGCAGGAAGCGGAGUGAAGGUGGGGAAAUUCAGGGCAGAUGGUGAUGAAAAGGAGUUUGCCAAGAAAGAAUUGCAGCUAGGAAGCUUUCCUACAAUACUAUUAUUCCCUAGGCACUCCUCUAAACCUAUCAAGUACCCCUCUGAGAAAAGGGAUGUAGAUUCAUUGAUGACUUUCGUCAAUGCUCUAAGGUGAUGGAAACCAAAACAUUAAUCGAGUUAUAGGCGGUUGAAUUUACUUGAACACAGAAGUCGGAAGAUUCAUGAGGUCCAGGGUGACCUCACUAGGACAAGGGAAAUAAUGGAGGAGGCAGCAAAAGUCUCGACCUCAAGCAUAACUUCAUUGUUUGCUACUUCCAGCCAUGGAAAUAUAAUCUACCUCGGUCUUCUUGUAUAGUGUCGGUACAUACUUCUCCCUUUUUUUUUUUUUUUUUUUUUGUAUGUUCCAAGUUGUAAGAGUCGUUUUUGUCUUCUUCAGGCUAGAAUUUUGAUUUUGGUUCUUAGAGUGAUCUGUAUGUGGAAAUGAGAAGUAGAGUUGUUAUUGAACAUUGUUGUCCCAAUUAUGAACCAAUACGGUCGUCAUCUUAGCUUUCAGCCGUGAAUUUUUUCA